AUGGGACUGUUCGACGCCACGGCUGCGUCUCAGUGGGUGGCUGUCGUCGACGACGGCAAACGACAAGUGACAUCUCUCCCUGUUUCCUUCCUCUCCUCGGCGAAAGGGGAGAUCUCUCACGAUCGGUGGUUCUGUUGGACGAUCAGGCGACGUAUCCGUCGGUGGCUGUCGUCGAGGAAGGGCCACGGCAAUCUCCCUAUCUGUCUCUUUCCUCUCCUCGGCGGAAUCGUUGCGAGCUCUAUCUCAGGCGAAUCGAAGGUACCGCUGAUUCAGCCUUCGACGGCGACACUCGUGCUGGCCAUCGUGAAACGAAGAACUUGGACACCAGCGGACGAUGUGGUGCUGAUCAGCUUGUGGUUAAACACGAGCAAAGAUCCAGUUGUUAGCACCGAGCAAAAGUCAGGCACUUUCUGGACAAGAAUAGCAGCCUACUUUGCUGCAAGUCAUCAAGAUGGUGGCUCCGAACAGAGAGGGGCUAGUCAUUGCAAGCACCAUUGGCAGAAGAUCAAUGAUCUCGUUUGCAAAUUAUGUGGAGCCUAUGAAGCUGCAAGGAGAGAGAAGACAUCAGGUCAAAACGAAAACGAUGUCCUCAAACUUGCUCAUCAAAUAUUUUUCAACAACCAUAAGAAGAAAUUCCUCCUUGAACACGCGUGGAAGGAACUGAGGCACGGCCAGAAGUGGUGUGAGCUUUCAUCUGCUAAGAAUGAAGGAACUUCUAAAAAAAAAAAGGCUGGGGAUGGUGGUGAUUCUUCAACAUCUCAAGCAGAUUCUAAGAAGCGUCCACCAGGUGUUAAAGCCUCAAAGGCGAGUGGUAAGAAGACGUUUGAUCCAGACAAGCAAGUAGAGGAGUUUGAGAGGAUUUGGAAAAUCAAGCAGAAGGAAAUUGAUGCUAAGGAACGCCUGUCUAAGAUGAGCUUGCUUGAUAGUCUUAUUGGAAAAAAAGAACUUUUGCUUGAGUAUGAAGAAUCCCUUAAGAAAAAGCUAAUCAAUGACUUAUUCUGA